AUGGCUCCCUCCAGCACUUGGGCUGCCUCUGGCAAGAAGCCUUCAUCCACCAAGGCAAAACCCAAGGCUUCUUUGAACAAGAAGCCUGCUGCUGCAGAUAUGAAAAAAAGUUUGAGAGCUUGGAAGGCCUCCGGUAAGAAGACUUGGUCGAAGGAGUUGACACCAGAGCCAGAGCCUGUGGCCAAUCAUCCAGCCUCAAAUGCAAAGGCAGCAUCCACACAGGUGACACCCUCAAAGAAGACAUCUGCGCCCCCUUCAAAGACCUCGACUCCAAAGUUGAGAGUCUCUUCAACCAGAUUGUCCACACAGAUCGAGAAGGAGCUGGAGUUGCAUGAGGAGCCUGAGGAGAAGCAAGAGCCUGAGACGGCCACUGAGGAGCGUGUCAUAGAGGAGGGAGGUGAGGCCAAUGAUGAGUCACCAGAAGAAAGCCAUGUUAAAGAGACCACUGUGGAGCCAAUGGAGGGUGAAGAGGAGGGGGAACAGCCCAGGAAGGGCCUCUCUGAGAUCCUUGCCAUGGUCCAACCCUUUGGUGGAGAUCUCAAUGCUUGGAGGGCAAAUGGUGGCAUGUCCAAGUUCUGGAUUGAGCUUGUCAAGUUCAUUUUGAGGCACAAUAGGAAGAAAUAUUGGCAGGCCCUGCCUUCAACUGCAGUGUUGUUCAUGGGUCCCACUUUCGAGAUGCAAUGGCACAUGAGAAUGGCUCAUGGGAAUCAACUCAUGUGGGUGGAGGGGGACAGGAAAGCUGUUGUGGGGAGGGACAAUAAGCCUCCCUUUGACUCUGGGGCCCUCAGGCAUCAGACGGAGCUUGAGGCCAUUCUGGCCAGUAACAAGGAGCCAGACGAGAACCUCAAAGCUGUGAUUGAAGCUGAGGAAAAGGCUUGGAAUGCUCUGUCCACAACUGAGCAGGUGCAGCACCUACUCGCUGUGCAGACAUACUGCCAAGCCAGUUUCAAAGGGAGUCCAUUGCUUCCUGUUUCAAAGGUGGUGACUCCGAUUCCCUCACCCAAGAAGGCAACCCCAGUGUGCUCACCUUCCCAGUCAAGGGUCUCCAUCUCUGCCGCUGCUUCUCUGCCUCCUUUGCCCUUGAAAUCUCUGUCCAUGGUCAAAUCAACUCCUGCCCCUGAUGACUCAAAGAAAGCCAGCAAGGUGCCAAAGAAGAAGCUCAGUGCAGCUCUCCUGGCUCUGGCUGCAGAAGCUGAGGUAGAUCUGCUGCCCAUGCCCAAUGGUGUCCUCCAGUCCCACAUGCUGGAAGCUCUCAAGGGCAUGACUAAAGCCACUAUGAUGGCUGCCAAGUUUGAUGCUGAUAAGGAAACUGCUGGCAAAGGCUAA